AUGACUGCGCGAUCCGGCCCGGCAUCGCAGCAGCUGGAGGUUUCCUACUUUGAGAUCUACCUGGACAAAAUCCGGGACCUGCUGGAUGUGACCAAGACCAACUUGUCGGUGCACGAGGACAAGAACCGGGUGCCCUACGUCAAGGGCUGCACCGAGCGCUUUGUGUCCAGCCCCGAGGAAAUCCUAGAUGUGAUCGAUGAGGGCAAGUCCAACCGCCACGUGGCUGUCACCAACAUGAACGAGCACAGCUCACGCAGCCACAGCAUCUUCCUCAUCAACAUCAAGCAGGAGAACGUGGAGACGGAGCAGAAGCUCAGCGGGAAGCUCUACCUGGUCGACCUGGCCGGCAGCGAGAAGGUCAGCAAGACGGGGGCUGAGGGGGCCGUGCUGGAUGAGGCCAAGAACAUCAACAAGUCGCUGUCGGCGCUCGGGAACGUCAUCUCAGCCCUGGCCGAGGGCACGAAGGCCUAUGUGCCUUACCGGGACAGCAAGAUGACGCGGAUCCUGCAGGACUCGUUGGGUGGGAAUUGCCGCACGACCAUGUUCAUCUGCUGUUCCCCGUCCAGCUACAACGAUGCCGAGACCAAGUCCACCCUCAUGUUCGGCCAGCGGGCCAAGACCAUCAAGAACACAGCAUCGGUGAACCUGGAGCUGACGGCAGAGCAGUGGAAGAAGAAGUACGAGAAGGAGAAGGAGAAGAACAAGACGCUGAAGGAAACUGUGGGCAAGCUGGAGGCUGAGCUCAGCCGCUGGCGCAGUGGGGAGAACGUGCCAGAGACAGAGCAGCUGAGUGAGGAGGAGGCCACACCGGAGCCAGAGGCUGCAGACGAAACCGGGACGGAGACCAGGACCGGGGUGGAGGAACCGGGGCUGGACAACAGGAACGGGGUGGUGCCAGCGACCGCCGCUUCACUGGUGGUACGCAUCGCCGACGAUGAGCGGCGCAAGUACGAGGAGCAGAUCCGGCGCCUCUACCGCCAGCUGGAUGACAAGGACGAGGAGAUCAACCAGCAGAGCCAGCUCCUGGAGAAGCUCAAGCAGCAGAUGCUGGACCAGGAGGAGCUGCUAGUGUCGACACGCGGGGACGGGGAGCGGGUGCAGCGGGAGCUGGGGCGGCUGCAGGCCGAGAACGAGGCAGCCAAGGCGGAGGUGCGCGAGGUGCUGCAGGCGCUGGAGGAGCUGGCGCUCAGCUACGACCAGAAGGCGCAGGAGGCGGCCGACAGUGGGCAGCAGAACCAGCGCCUGCUGGACGAGCUGGCCCAGAAAGUGGCUGCCACGCUGUCGCUGGAGACGGAGCUGCAGCGGCUGCAGGACCUGGGCGCGCAGCAGCGCAAGCGGGCGGCUGAGGUGCUCAAUGGGCUCAUGAAGGACCUGAGCGAGUUCAGCCUCAUCGUGGGCAACGGCGAGAUCAAGCUGGGGAGGGGGUCCAUCGAGGAGGAGUUUCCCGUGGCGCGGCUCUACAUCAGCAAGAUCAAGUCAGAGGUGAAGUCGGUGGUGAAGCGGUGCCGGCAGCUUGAGGGGCUGCAGCUUGAGUGCCACCGCAAGAUGGAGGUCACCGCCCGCGAGCUCUCCGCCUGCCAGCUGCUCAUCUCCCAGCACGAGGCCAAGAUCCGGUCGCUGACCGAGUACAUGCAGAGCGUGGAGCUGAAGAAGCGGCACCUGGAGGACUCCUACGACACCCUCAGCGAGGAGCUGGCCCGGCUGCAGGCCCAAGAGACGGUGCAUGAGAAGGAGAAGGAGCAGGACAUCGCCCAGGACAAGGAGGAUGCCAAGGGCGCGGUGGAGCUGCAGCUGGAGUGCCAGCGCGAGGCCCAUCACAAGCAGCUGGCGCGGCUGCGCGACGAGAUCAACGAGAAGCAGAAGGUCAUCGACGAGCUCAAGGACCUGAACCAGAAGCUGGAGCUGGAGCUGGAGAAGCUUCGCGCCGACUACGAGAAGCUCAAGAGCGAGGAGCAGGAGAAGGCCGGGCGGCUGCAGGAGCUGACAUUUCUGUACGAGCGCCACGAGCAGUCCAAGCAGGACCUCAAGGGGCUGGAGGAGACCGUGGCCCGUGAGCUCCAGACCCUUCACAACCUUCGCAAGCUGUUCGUUCAAGACGUCACGACUCGAGUCAAGAAAGUGAGAGCCCUCCUGCCCCAUGUCACCGGGGUGUGGGGGGGGCAGCGCCCCGUGCCCCUGCGCCCGCCCACGCCUGGUGCCCUUGCGGCCCAGCUGGUUCGUGACAAUGCAGAUCUGCGCUGCGAGCUUCCAAAGCUGGAGAAACGACUUCGCGCUACGGCUGAGCGCGUCCGGGCCCUGGAGGGCGCAUUGAGGGAGGCCAAGGAGGGUGCCAUGAAGGACAAGCGCCGCUACCAGCAGGAGGUCGACCCUAAGCCGGUGCGGCCGGGGCACUUCCCCGUGGCGUCGCCCACCAGCCCCUUCGGGCGCCACCCCGAGUGUGUCAGCUACACCUUUGCCAGCGUCUCCUCUGGCAGCUCCAGCUCCGGCAGCGCCACCUUGGCCGCCUACCAGCAGCUCAACGUGGAUAAUGGGAACGCCACAGACAUCAAUGACAACAGCCGAGGCCUCCGCAUGCCGCCACUGCUGCUGUGUCCUGUGUCCCGCUCCGUGUCCCGUGUCGUGUCCGGCUGCUGCUCACGCUCGCUCUGCGCCCCCACCCCCACACGGCGCGGCUGA